CACUCUUGUUCUUCUCAACACGGAACUAUGACGUUUCGUAAUGGUGGUCGUCGUAAUCUUGUAUUCUAUCAUGUUUGUUUAGUUGCUAACAUGGUCCAUAAGUAUCCAUGGCUUAAAGUGAUGGAAGUUAUAAUAUGAUGAGAAGUUAGAGAAUGUCAAGUCAGACUUGUUACUAUGUCAAUCCAACGAAUUCAGUUAUUAAUCUGCUAUAAAUAUAUAUAUAUGGUUAGGUUUUGUUAAGAGUUAGUUUUAUGCUGAAAGAUUCGUUAGCGAAAUCACUUAUAAUGGAUAAUUUUUUACUGAAUGAACGCAGAAACCAUUGGUCGAAAUCUCAAAUAAAUAAGGAAACCAGUAUACCGUAUGCAAUUUAUGGCGGUAAAUCUUUAAUCAAGGAAUACAACAAUAGGUAUAUUAAAACUAACAACGAAAAUGAGCAUCACAUUGUAGAAAGGUUUUCUGAUACGGGGACUGGUGAAAAUGAUGUAAAAACGGAAAAAGAGAGUUGUAUUACCACUUUUGCGUACUCAGGGAAUCGACAGCAAAAUUAUCAAUUCUACAAAAUUCAACUACAUACCAGUUACUGGCGGAAAUGUAGCAGUUUGGGACAGAUACGACUACUUACUUUACGAAAUAGCCCAUUUUGCGAGAAACAGAGUGUUGCUUUGAGUUGGUGUCUUGCUGCUGCUAAGUGGUAUGCAGUUUUACGCUCUGCGAGAGCUGUUGUGAAGCGCAUUGCGUUACGCAACCCAGCAUACAAGUAUCGACGCCGCUAUUCUUGGCGUAACCCAGCAUACAAAAUUGGCCAGCCACAAGUGGAGAUGGCACAAACAUCUCAGAAUCAAACACGUGUUGUUGCUCCCGUGUCUAUUCCCAGUAAUUAUCUGGACCCAUCUCUUAAUAAAACUUGCUCCCGACCUGCUGAAAAUCUGCCAUUGAAAACGUCAACACUAUCUAACGACAGGACUGAUAUAGAAAUUAUAGUAACGAAUCCUCACUAUCAACCAACGGCAUAUAUGACUUCACGACCAAAUACAACUCGUCACAAACUGCUUCGGGACUUAAGUCAUACAGCGUUAUCGUCAAAUGAAGAGAUUUACACCGACCAUAGUGAAUAUAUAGAGCUUGAAACAAAUCGGAAAAAAGAGUAUCAACGGGACUUAAUGGAACAAAUCGUAGAAAAAAGGCGUACUGUUCAACUUUUACGAGAAAAGGAACGUAUAGAGGAUGAAGCUUUAACAAGGCGUUUACAAGAGCAACUUAAAUCAAUUCAUUUGGAGGAACAAUUGGCGAAGAAAAACAUUUUCACUGAAAAGGAUACUAAGCAAAAUCGGCUAAUGAGAUCUCAACUUCUUGCUAAAUUAGAAAAUGAUGCUAAUAUGCUAUUUGACAACAAAAGUUUCGAAAAAGGGGAAAUCCCAGCGGACACUGGCAAUGGAAGUUUAAAAAAUAGCAAAUGCUAUGAGAGGGGGGAUGUAAAUAAAAAUAAAGUUUAUAAAUACUUUACUAAUUCAACUCGCCAAGACAACCACCAUUAUAACAGUAUGAGCUCGUAUACUAAUAUAAUUCAUGCCGAUAAACAUUUGGCUGAAAAAAAAUGUUUUCACUUGAGUGAAAAAAUUUGCUCUAAAUGUGAUGAACCGUUAAAGAGCUAUGAAAGGUGUUGUCUAUAUUGCCAAGAACGACUUUAUACAAACGAAAUAGAACGUGGAGAAGUUCAAUCAAAGGUUAAAGACAAUGUCAUUUAUUGUGAUAAACACAGUUCAAGAAUUGACAGGACAUAUGAAAGGGAGAAUUGUAGAUCUAGUGAAAGUUUUCAGUUUGAUGAAAGUGACAUGGAAAAAUAUACAUACCGUUUUGUAUUAGUUUGUCAUAAAUGUGAACGAAUAUACAUAGCUUGUCAAAAUUGCGUUGUAAAAAAAGCCGUUUGCCGAGCCUGUCAUCGUAAACUUAAUAUUUGCAUGCGUUGUAGACGUAAUUUAUGUAAUAUAUGCAGGAAUAAAAUUGCUACGGGCCAGAAUACGGACCGAAUAUAUACGAAUGAUACGCAGGCUAAUAAACAGAUUGAAGAAAACCAUUUAAAGCAAGGCGUGGAUUCAUUUCGCAUACUUAAUUUAAAUACUACCCCAAACAUUGCUGAAGAUGGUUACAACAGUUCAUUAAUUGGUACCGUUGCUAAAGAUACACCAUGUCAUCAAAUUAAAGAUAAUUUGGGGGAUGAGAAGCCACAAGUUCCUCAUUUGGAUAGUAUUGAAGUAAAAUGUUUUUAUUUAGAUGAAGACGAAAAUUCGUGCAUUGACGGUGUCCGCCACGAAACGGAUAAGCAUCUGUCUCGAUACAUGAAAAAUUAUGGUGAUGUCGCCCGAUUGCGGAUAGACAAAGAAUGUAGCAAAAGCGAAUCUCGCCAUUUUGGCACACAAACAAUCAAUUCCAACUUGAAGCGGCGUGAUAUUAUGCUGAAAGAGGAGCAUUAUUUGUCGAUGCCAUUGCUACGAGAAAUGCCAAAAAUGACGAGAAAGCAAUUAUUAAAUUGUCCCGAAAUGGACACAGCACAUAGAACACGGAAACUCAAUUGUAUCAAGCAGAAGUGGGAGGUGCCAGCCGUACAGAAGUGUAUUAUUACUCAGAAUUCUCAUACCCUAACUCAAGUGGGCGCUAUACGAAAGCAACUACAAGCUGAAUGUCUGAGUGAUGCGCAAAUUUAUUAGGUUUUAUUUAUCAAAGUGGUAGUUUCUAGAAAUAUUUUGGAUAAUAAUUCAAAUUUGUAUUGACAGUAUGAACUUUAGAAAAUACAUAUAUCAUUUAUUUUGUAUCAUCAAAUUUUAUUGUUUAUAUUAUUUUGUACCAUACAUUUAUUUUCACAUAUGUAAGGGGUGUUCCAAUUCUAGGUUCCUUACUUUUUUAAAGAAAAAACACACAAACUUUAAAUAUAAUGGAGAAUAUCUGUUAUCAUUCGAAAGACC